UGCACUAUCUGCAGACGCUGACAUCCCGCAGUACAAGGACCUGUCCGCAGUUUUCUGACACUAUGGUCGGCAAGAGAGCCCUGGUGAUCCUGGCCAAAGGCGCAGAGGAGAUGGAGACGGUGAUACCCACUGAUGUGAUGAGAAGAGCAGGAAUCAAAGUGAUUGUUGCAGGACUAUCGGGCAAAGAUCCAGUUCAGUGCAGCCGAGAUGUCGUGAUCUGUCCUGACACCAGCCUGGAGGAAGCCCGGACACAGGGCCCGUAUGAUGUUGUGGUGCUUCCUGGUGGUAACCUCGGCGCUCAGAAUUUGUCAGAGUCUGCUGCAGUAAAGGAAGUGCUACAGGAACAAGAUGCCAAGAAAGGCCUGAUCGCUGCCAUAUGUGCAGGACCCACGGCUCUGCUGGCUCAUGGAAUAGGAUUUGGACGAAGCGUCACUACUCAUCCCUUAGCUAAGGAUAAAAUGAUGCAUGGCGAUCACUACAAGUACUCUGAGAGUAGAGUGGAGAAGGACGGCCACUUCAUCACCAGUCGUGGGCCUGGCACCAGCUUUGAGUUUGGUCUUGCUAUUGUGGAGCACUUGGCGGGGAAGGAAGUGGCUGAUCAAGUAAAGGCACCGCUUGUUCUCAAAGAUUAAACCACUGUGGUCAAUAGGUGGCCACCUUGCACUUUUAAGUAAUUCUUAAAUAUUGAAGCCUUCUAAAGCUGUGAUGACGAGAAAAUACGUAGUGGUGGAUAUUUUUUUUCCAAAGGUCCCUUCAUUAUCAAUAAUACUGCACUUAGUACAGGUAUAACCUAUUCUGGGUUAUGCGGUCAUUGUGAGGCGUGUCUUGGCUAAUUCACAAUAAAUCCUCUUUUGAAGUUUUA